AUGUCAAAUCUUCAAAGCAGUAUUCCUUUUCAUGAAUAGUAAAAUCAAGAUUAAUUUAACCUAAUUUUUUAAUUAUAAGAGGAAAAUUAAAAACUCAAAGAGGAAAACUAACAACUAUUAUUAAAUUAAGUUUAGCAUCUACUCAAAAUUUCAUAAUUAUAAAUGAAAAAUAACGAAUAAAAAAAAGAAAACAAAGAUUUAAAAAUGUAUAUUAAAUCAUAGAUUAAAUCAAAAGAGUAAUAAUUGCAAUUCAAUAAUGAAAUUCUUAAUAAUUAUAGAAAUUUAUAAAAACAACAAUAAAAGGAGAAUCAGAUCAUUCAAUAAGCACUCUUCGCAUCCUAUUCUUAUGCAUCUAUUGAACAAUAAUAAGAAAGUGAAAUAGAAUAGUGAUCUUUAUUAAAAUUGACAUCAUAUUAUAAAAAAAAAUCGUCAGCUGCAGGAUUCGAACCUGCGCGGGUAAACCCAGUGGAUUUCAAGUCCACCGCCUUAACCACUCGGCCAAACUGACUAGUAUGCUUACUUUCC